AUGUCAGGCUUUGAAGAGCAUGGCUACGAGCAGCGUGAGUCUCUGAGACAACAGGAAACCAGGCGGAGGAACAAUGUGCUGGGAUCCGAGGAACACGGCCCUGAUGUUCUGUGUGGUCGUGUUAACAACCUGUGGUGGAUCUGCAACCACAGCAGAAGUGUGACGCUGGGAGAGGACACAGUGGCAGAAGAUGUCGGGUCCCAUCAACUGCAGCGUCUGGUGGAGAUGCUGACGCACACAGAGUGCGAGGACCUGCUGGUCGCCCUCUCUCACCCGGAGGAGAACAUCUUCCAGCAUCUCCAGCGCCUCUCACCGGAGAACAACCAGCUGGACAUCAAACCGCGAGCCAAGAGAGACACGUCUUCCUCCGAGGACAGCGAGGCUGAGUGCCGGACGGCCCUGACAGACUGGCUGCUGAGAUACGGCGAGCGGAUCUACUACGACAAGCUCUCCCGCUCCUUGAUGCACAUCGGAAGAACCGACAUCGCCAUUGAAGUGGGGACGAACGUCAACGAGGACAAAACCUCGAACCUGAAGCGCUUCGUUGACGGGUACCACGAGUACGUGAGCUCACUGGACGUCCAGUCAGUCCGGCCGGAUGGAAAACGCCCCCGGGCUGCAGGUCGCAAGAGGAAGAGGAAAGUGAAGGAUCUGUCAUGGCGGGACCUGGACCUGGUUGUGGAGGUGGCUCCUGUCCUUCCGUACCUGAAGGGCCCGUGGGACGUGGUUCUGCCCGUCCUGUACGGAGUCCUGCUGGGCUUCGGAGGCAGCCUGCUCGCCGGGGUCUCCAUCAUCCUCAUCGCCCUCCACGUGUCCCGCAGAGCCGCCACCACCCCCCGGGUCACCACCCCCGACCCCCGGGUCACCACCCCCACCCCCCGGGUCACCACCCCCAGCCCCCGGGUCACUGGCAGCUCUCGCUCCAAGCUCAAGGUCUGA